UAACGACAGCGCAGUCGACAAUCUGCUCCUGCUCGGAGUCGCUCGCACACCUUGUCUUCCCGCUCCUCGCUCGUGUCUCCGCCGGUGCCGGGCGUCCUUAGGCGGCGCGACGCGACGCGCGACGCGAUCCACCGGGUGAUAAGCGAGUUUUCCGCUUUCCCGAGCCGAGCCGGAUAUAUUCGCAAGUCGGGACAACCUCUCCACAUGGGAGGACAGCAGCGGCGCGACGGCUCGCUUUGAAACGAUCCGAAACUAGAUCGAUCCAGGAUUUCCGGGGCAGAAUGCGGUGAUCGCCGGGAGAGAACUCGACACAGAAGCCUCCGGAGGCUUCAGGCCGCCGCAACCAUGCUGUUGCCGGCUGACAUGCUGGCGGCCCAGUCCGAGAUGGUCUAUCAGAUCAACAAGUACUUCGGGGAGCAGGUGAUGACCAGGAAGAGCCAGGUGAUGAACACCAUCCACGAGGUGUGCCGCGUGGUGCAGGACGUGCUGAAGGAGGUCGAGGUGCAGGAGCCGAGGUUCAUCUCGUCCCUGACCGACUACAACGGCCGUUUCGACGGGCUGGACGUGAUAUCGCCGACGGAGUUCGAGAUCGUGAUCUACUUGAACCAGAUGGGAGUCCUGAACUUCGUGGACGACGGCACGUUGCCGGGCUGCGCGGUGUUGAAACUGAGCGACGGACGAAAGCGAUCCAUGUCCCUGUGGGUGGAGUUCAUCACCGCGUCCGGCUACCUGUCCGCCAAGAAGAUCCGCUCGCGAUUUCAGACCCUGGUGGCGCAGGCAUGCGACAAAUGCGCUUACAGGGACUCCGUGAAGAUGAUCGCGGACACCACCGAGGUGAAAUUGCGAAUCCGCGAGAGGUACGUGGUGCAGAUCACGCCGGCCUUCAAGUGUGCCGGUCUGUGGCCCAGAUCGGCCUCCCACUGGCCCAUCGCGCACAUACCCUGGCCCCAUCCUAACAUCGUCGCCGAGGUGAAAACCGAGGGCUUCGACAUGCUCUCGAAAGAGUGUAUCGGCCUUCAGGGCAAGCAGUCCGCCAUGGAGGGCGACGCUUGGGCGCUUUCUUUCAUAGACGCCGAGAACCGGCUGCUCCAAGGUGGCAGCCGAAGGCGAUGCCUCAGCAUCCUGAAGACCCUGAGGGAUCAAUACCUCGAUCUACCCGGCAAUCCGGUGACCAGCUACCAUAUGAAGACCUUGCUUCUCUACGAGUGCGAGAAGCACCCGCACGAGGCCGAAUGGGACGAGACCUGCAUCGCGGCGAGGAUCAACGGGAUCCUGCUGCAGCUGAUCUUCUAUCUGCUGUGCCGGAGGUGUCCCCACUACUUCCUGCCGAAUCUCGAUCUGUUUAAGGGAAAGUCGCCGAGCGGGCUGGAGAACGCGGCGAAGCAAGUCUGGAGACUGAUCAGGGGGCUGGUGACCAGCUGUCCCCUAGAGAAACUAUAGUCGAGCGCCGCGGCCCACGCGGACGAUUCUGCUGCCGAGAAAGUCAAGCCACAAGGUGGAAGGUCGAGCAGCGACAAGCAGUAGGCGUGGAUCGGCGUACGGAGCCGGCCGGGAGAAAUCGUUUCGAAACUGAUUGUAGCCUAAUAAACUUGUAGUCCGGAGGAUCGUGCUUGGAUUUUGUACUAUCGCCCACUGAGAGACGAAGCUACCGAUCUCCCGAAGCUGUUGUAGCCUAAUGAAAUUGUAUUAGCCUACUUGGAAACGAUCCGGAGGCGGUCACGCAUCGUCGCAGACGGGGCCGGCAAAGAGGAUCCGCCGAGGACGACGGGAGCAACGCGAGCGUAUUCCGUGCUCGUGACGGGGGAUGUGCAGUGUGUGCUUGCCCAGGGAUGAUGCUCGACGAUGAUUGCGGGUGCACGUGUGAUUUGGUGUGCCGUGGACGAUCGAAUCAGUGCCAUAAAAACCACGCGUUUCCGAUUCGCGGCACGAAUGGCCGCCGUUCGAGGCGCGAACUCGAGAGAGGGAGUCGCCGUCGGCAGCCAGCGACCAGUCGAAAAUUCAGCGUCUCGACUCCCCGACCGGUGAUGUCUGUCCCCCCUUCUUUUAUUUCUUUUUUUCUUGUUCAGCGUGUCGAAAAGUUCCGUUCGCGUCGGCGGAAUUGGAAAAAUCUCACCGAGCCGCACGCGACGCCGGAGAAAAAGGAAACGUUACCGAAACGCUUGUCCGCCGCCAAGAGUCACCGGUCGCGGGUCACUUAGUCUUCUCCUCUAAUCAGCUGUUCUGUCCCAGUCGCUAUGUAAAUACAUCUUAAAAGAUAUUUAUUGAAGUGUACACGAAAAAAAUUGUGAAAUACAAUGCUAUUUAUAUGGA